AUGAGAGCUGGGGAGAGGAGCCCAGGCCGCCACCCAGCGCCGCCCCCACCCACACCUGGCAGCGCUUCCACCUUGCGCAUUUGGAAGAAAUCCCAGCAGCCUGGCCACGUGCUGUGGCUGCUUCCGCAGACGCAGGGUGGCCCUCCUCCCACCAGGGCCGAGAGCCCCCAGAGCAGGGCGGGACCUGGCCGCGUGUGUCCACCAUCUAGGCAGCCAUCCAUUGCCACCUUUCAGGCCUGCCCCCACCUGCCUAUGGUGAGGCAGGGGGCCAUCACAGGGCAUGACCGCGAUGCCCGCAAGGCCUGGGGCAGCUUUGGGGCCCUGUCUCGGCAGCUGGAGACACAGAGAGAAAUCAAUGGUGCCUGCUCUGCCUGUGGGGGGCUGGUGGUGCCCCUCCUCCCCCCAGACAAGGCGGCCCCUUCCAUGCCUGGUGACCCUCCCCUGUCCUGGGACUGCACCUCCGCCAUCUCCUGCCUCUCCCUGCCCCUCCUGCCGCGGCAUGAGGAAGCUGUGAGGGCCUCUGGGCCAGAACCCCUGGAAAUCAGCCGGGUGGAUCCUCAGGCCAGCCGGGCCCCCAGCAUACCCCUCAAAGACCGCCUGAACCACCUGAACCUGCCCCCAGUGCUGGUGCUGCCCACGCGGUGGCCCCCAAUCCUGGGCCCAGAUGGGAACAGGACUCCAGACAAACUGCCCGGGGCUGAAGGCACAGCCCGAGCCCCUGGUGGCUUUGUGUGCUUCCGCUGCCACAAGCCCUACCACACGCUGGCUGGGCUGGCCAGGCACCGGCAGCUCCACUGCUACCUGCAGGCAGGGCGCGUCUUCACCUGCAAGUACUGCGGCAAGGAGUACGCCAGCCUGGGCGCCCUCAAAAUGCACAUCCGCACCCACACGCUGCCUUGCAUCUGCAAGAUCUGUGGCAAGGCCUUCUCCAGGCCCUGGCUGCUCCAGGGCCACAUCCGGACCCACACAGGUGAGAAGCCCUAUGCCUGCUCUCACUGUAGCAGGGCCUUUGCUGACCGCUCCAAUCUUCGGGCUCACCUGCAAACACACUCUGACACCAAGAAAUACCAGUGCAAGUGCUGCGCCAAGACUUUCUCCCGCAUGUCCCUCUUGGUGCGGCACGAGGAAUCUGGCUGCUGCCCCGGCCCCUGA